CGCUGAUACAUAACCAUUUAUUAAGACGUCCAUUCAUCACAUCUCCAUGCAUUGCAGAACAUGAUGCAAGAUGGAAUCCCGCGGAGUGAAUGGUGCGGACAGAUCAAAUGGACGUACAGGAAUUAUGCGUCGAUCGUGUGAUCAAUGUCGCACCCGAAAGGUCGGUUGUGAUAGAGGAUCCCCUUGCUCGAAUUGUGCAUCAUCGGGAAUCAAUUGUACUCAUAGUACGAUCGCGUCCAAGACAGUUGCUCCCAAGCAGAGAGUUUUGAUAUCGGCACAAUACGAGCAGAAAAUAGACCAAAUUGCAAAAGGCAUCGAUAGCCUCACUGUUCUCCUCUCACAGAAUGCGUCUCGGGGCGUAGAAAAGUCCGAGACAGCCCUUGUCUGGCAUCCCAGCCAAGCCAGCUCAGACAAGGAUAUUGCCGCACACCAAACAAGAUUGUCAUCUCAUGGUGGUGACGCGCAAUGGGAUCAUUCUGCGCACAUAAUCAAGUUUGUCAAGGCUGUUGUGGAUAACCGAAAUCCGCAAUACGGCGAUUCUCCGAGUGAAGUGGUCGCAUCAUUGAAAAAACUGUUGGAAAUUCUGAAUGCCCCAGCUACUACACUACAGACAUCUCACAAAUUUCAAAUUUCAAAUAAUGCAGCCAAUAGUCCUCCAAUGCCUCCCUUGGAGGCGGUCGUAAAUGCGUUGCGAUGGGCAAAAGACCAUCAAGGAUAUGCUAGAAUUGCCCGAAUCGCUCAAAUCUUACCGGUUGAUCAGUUCACUGAAAUUUGCCGAAAGGUUUAUUUUGCAGUGGACGACUACAGUGAACUAGAUCUCAUUCUCGCCAACGGGUAUCUAUCAUACGUAUUUUCCGAGCGUAUCCUUGUGUCUGGGCUGAGUGACUACCGAAAAUACUUUCAAAUUUGCCGAGAGAACUUUCACAAUGGUCUUGCACAGCUCCCUCUUUUUCUGCCGCCGUCUAUGGAAAUUAUCGCUGCGUUGACUCUGGGUGCAUUUGACUCCAUUGCCAACUCUAAUGCAACCAAAUCUUGGACUUUUAUCUCGGCGGCUACGAAUCUUUGCCAGACACUAGGUUAUCAUCGCCUUUCUCCAAGAAUGGAGGGCAUGGAUCAGUCGUCACAAGAGGCUCAAAACCGUCUGUUCUGGACCAUUUAUAAGAUUGACAAAGGCCUUUCUCUUCAACUGGGUCGACCAUCUAAUAUGCGCGACGACGAAAUCACUUUACUGCCUGACACGCCCGAGCCGCUAUAUACGAGACUAGGUAGAAUACAGGGCAAGGUAUAUGAUCAACUAUAUAGUCCAGUUGGCUUAUCCAGGCCUUCCCAUGAACGUGGUAAUAUCGCCCAGACACUUGCUGGGCAGGUACGAGACAUAAUCAACGAAACUCACAGCGAAGCUUUGGAUGCUACUACAAGAAUUAUCGAUGAUCAGACAGAUCCCAUGCAAAGGAUACUUCUGCAAUGCGAUUUGGUUUGCCAAUCUUCGCUCCUGGCUAUGAUUCUUCGGGCUGUGCCCGUUGCACCAGGAUUACCAAGCGAUGUGUCUGAUGACUGUAUUGCGGUUGCCCGCGAUGUCUUCGAUAUACACCAAAAGUGCAUGGCAGAUCUACGUAGUUGUAAAGAACCUUCAUUGGUGACACAAUACCUAAGUUGGGCUAUUCUGCACAUACCUUUUGUUCCAUUUAGUAUUUUAUUCACACACGCUAUUCAAUUCAUAGACACAGGUGAUCUAGAUCGUUUGGACCGCUUCGCUCUCUCGUUGAAGAUUGACACCUACGAUAACCGGGGAGAAUCAAUAACACACCCCUACCGAGUUUAUGAGCUACUAUACCCAACUCUAGUUCCAAUUUCCUUAGGUGACUUAGACCUGUCGGGAAGAUUUGGGAUGGAAACAGAUGCAGAAGAUUUAUUCAAUGACGAAUUCCAAAUCCUUGAUCCAGAUCCGUUCGGGUUAAGUGACUGGUAUUACAGCAAUCAGCAGAUAAUGCGUUUACUUGGUGAAGAUGUGACAUUAUGAGGGGCUGUAGAUAGCCUAUCUGGACGUCUACUAGUUCCCGGUUUGAGUUACAUGGCUAUUAGCUCUUACGAUUUUAACAGGAAACUAACUCAUUAUUACUGGCCAAUUCUUUUCUCUGUGACAAUCAAUACUACGGAGCCGAGUUAAAGGCAUCAAUUGAAGACGAUUCAUACUCCUCUCAUGAGAUUAACGUCAUCGAUGUAUUCUAGAAUGUAGCCCGGACAUUCCGAAAUGUGGUGAACGCAUGAAAAUGAAGAGAAAAUACACCACCAACCUUCACUGACCAUGCCCGAAUCGGCUUUUAUUUUAUUUACAUGUUGAUUUGUCAUUAUUUUUUGAUAAAACUAUGCCCGUUGAGGUCUACAUACG